GUUCGUUUCAAAUCGAAUAGUCGCCGAUACUCAGUGACACGAUACGGACGCUUUAAGUACCUUUGAUCGAUAAAGCGAAGCCUAUUAAUUAUUGAAAAAAAAUGAUUGCGAUAUUAAUAUUGUUAAUUUUAGUGUUUGCCGUUUUAACAUCUUGUAUAAUAUUUAUUAAAGAUUGUAAUACGUUUAAUUUGCCGGGACCGCGACCUCUUCCUUUAAUAGGCAAUGGACUUUUACUUCUAACAAAAUCAAGAGGAUUCCUGCCUCUUCUUCAUAAGUUAAGGAAACAAUAUGGCAACGUAUUCCGGGCUCAUCUGCUUCACACCGUGUAUAUUGUGCUGUCACACCCAAAGUAUAUUGAGGCUGUUAUGUCUCGCAACGAUCUAAUAACCAAGGGAUAUUCGUAUUAUUUCCUGAAACCUUGGCUUGGCGAUGGACUUCUUACAUCUACAGGUCACAGAUGGAGAACGACGAGGAAGUUCUUAACGCCAGCAUUUCAUUUCAAAAUCCUACAAAACUUUCUGCCAGUUUUCUUGAAAAACGAAAAGAUAUUGAUAAAGAAAUUGCAAAAUUACACCGAUGGUAAAGCUUUCGACACGUUCCCUAUAAUAGCUUUAACAGCCUUGGACAAUAUCACAGAGUCUAUUAUGGGAGUUUCUUUCGAAGCUCAAAACAAUAGCGAAUCUAAAUAUGUAAAGGCGAUUGAGUCUCUGACCAAGAUCCUGUCAUUGAGAAUGCGAAACCCAUUCAUAGGAGAAGACCCAAUAUUCAAUUUUCUUCCGUAUAAAAAGGUACAAGACGAAGCAACGGAAAUACUGCACUCACAUACGAGAAAAGUUAUCAAUUUGAGACGGGAAGAAUUGAAAAAGUCAGAAAUAAAUAUUAAUAGUUUAAAUGAAAACUCUGAUUUAGGUAUAAAAAAUAAACACGCAUUUUUGGACCUACUCCUUCUAUCUGAAGUUGACGGUAAACAAAUCAGUGACGAGCACGUGAUGGAAGAAGUUAACACAUUCAUGUUUGAGGGACACGAUACGACAACAUCCGGAAUUUGUUUUGCGCUAUAUUGCCUCUCGAAACAUCCAGAGAUUCAAGAGAAAAUUCUAGAAGAACAGAAGAGUAUCAUCGGAGACAACCUAGACAGGGAUCCAAUUUUUACGGAAGUGCAACAAAUGAAAUACUUGGAAACGGUUAUCAAAGAGAGUCUUCGGAUGUAUCCUUCCGUACCUGUCAUAGGAAGGCUAGUUACGAAAGAUACUGAGAUAGCGGGCUUAAAAAUAAAAAAAAAAGCGUCGAUCCUUGUUAACAUUUUCGAGAUGCAUCGGCAUCCCGACGUUUACGAUAAUCCUAUGGAGUUCCGACCUGAGAGAUUUGAUACCGAUUCAGCCAGUUCAGCGGUGAACGCUUUCAGUUGGCUUGCGUUUAGUGCUGGUCCGAGAAAUUGUAUUGGUCAGAAAUUUGCGAUGAUGGAAAUGAAAGUCACCAUUGCUAGUAUCAUAAAGCAUUUCAUACUGCUACCAGAGAAUAUGCAAGAUAUAGGGCUCUGUGCAGAACUCAUAUUGCGAUCAGAUACGGGGGUUAAAUUAAAAUUGAAACCUAGAGAUAAGAUGUACUAGACAUUAAAGUAAAAUAGAAUUCAU